CUGUAGUGACGUCACCACGGUCGCGGAUCGCCAUUUUAGGCUCGGUUUUCUGAGGAAGGGAGGAAGUGGACAACAAAUUCACUUUUAUUAUUUUGAGGUAUUUCAGCACGUUUGGGAAAGCAUUUUUAAGCAAAUAUGCGGGGGUCAAAGCGACUGCGAUCUCCGCAGAACUAUAUCUCAGAGUACAGUGUGGAGGAGAGGUUGGAAUUUAGCAAACAGCCAAGAUGGGACUUGGACAGUGACAAGAGGGCUAGUAGAUCAAGAAGAUACAACCACCACUACAAAACCUACGAAAGGCAUUAUAGUGAGACAAAGACGCUGAUCACAAGGAUGGAGUACAGAGAGCAGGAGGCAAAGGAGCCCACCUCUGCUUCGGGACCAAAUCAGGACAGACGUUUUGGUGAACCCGUCGUGGAGCCUGAGAGCCACAGAGACUGGCACCAUUACAGCAAGUCCUCUGCACGCAGCGGGCACAGCCAGAGGAGCAGACACAGCCAGCAGGGUAGCCGCCGUCGCCGGGCACGUCGGAGUCCGUCCCGACAGGAUGACUUGAAGAGUCAUCGCAGGAACAGAUCCAGGAGUUUUGAGGAUGAUGAGGAUGGUCACCUGAUCUAUCACAAUGGACACAUGCUAAGAGCAAGAUGUAUAGAAUAUGAGAUUAUCGGUACUUUAGGUGAAGGAGCCUUUGGGAAAGUCGUGGAAUGCAUUGACCAUUCAAAAGGUGGUGCUCAUGUGGCAGUGAAGAUUAUUAAAAAUAUUGAUCGAUAUCGAGAAGCUGCCAUGUCCGAGAUUGAUGUUUUGGAGCAGGUGAACUCACUGGAUUGUGGUGAUCACUUUGCGUGUGUGCGAAUGCUGCACUGGUUUGAUUAUCAUGGACACAUCUGUAUCGUGUUUGAGCUGUUGGGUUUGAGCACCUACGAUUUCCUCAAGGAGAAUGGCUUCAUGCCCUUCACUGUGAACCAGAUUAGACACAUUGCAUACCAGGUCUUCAAAGCUGUGCGCUUCCUUCAUAGAAACAAACUGACUCACACUGAUCUGAAGCCUGAGAAUAUUCUCUUUGUGAGAUCUGACUACCACAUCGAAUACAAUUCCAAAACGAAACGGGAUGAGAGAAUACUGAAGAACACUGAUGUGAAGGUGGUGGACUUUGGCAAUGCCGUAUAUGACCAUGAAUACCAUACCUCUGUGGUGUCCACCAGACAUUACAGGGCUCCAGAGGUGAUCCUUGAGCUUGGGUGGAAUCAGGCAUGUGAUGUUUGGAGCCUGGGCUGCAUCCUGAUUGAGUAUUACCUUGGACUAACACUCUUUCAGACCCAUGACAGUAAGGAGCACCUAGCAAUGAUGGAGAGGGUUCUGGGACCAAUACCUGGCUAUUUAUUGCAGAAAACCAAGAAGAGACGAUAUGUCCAUCGUGGGCAGCUGGACUGGGAUGAGCACAGCUCCUCAGGGAGAUAUGUGAGAAAAAACUGCAAGCCACUCAAACAAUACAUGUCGUCCAAGAGCUCUGACCAUGAGCAGUUGUUUGACCUGAUCCAGAAGAUGCUGGAAUAUGAUGUGUCCAGACGUGUUACGCUGGAAGCUGCCAUAAGGCAUCCAUUUUUCGAUCCACUGAAGAAAGGAAAGAAACAGUGACUCAUGACAUUCUUUUUACACUUGCGCUCUAUUAAUCACUAUCCAGAGGAAUGUUCUAGACUGCAUCAGUCCAUCUUGAGGCCUCUGUUUUGUGGUGCUAAAUUAUUCCCUUUGUGCAAAUGCUAAAUUACAUUUUUGUACAAUCAUGUUCUUUUUGCAAUAAAAACAU